AUGAAUGGCGCCUGUGCCAAAAACGUGGAAUUGUUCCAAGUCAUGGGCUUCAAGUGCAUCCUUCGACCACGAGUCUGUAGCCGUGGGUUCCAGAAAACGUGCUCUCAUCCUCCAUGCAGCGCUUCUAGCCGCGCGAACGUGGACGGCGUGUACAGUGUGAAUGCCGAACUGUCGCCUUAUGCUUACAUCUACCCAACGUCUGCGGAUGAGGAUCCUAUGGGGUCGCUGUUUUUGGGCCGGAAGAUUUCAAGUGAAAAUCCCCCCGGAAUCAACUCCCGCAUAGGUACGAUUGAUCAGGCACCAUUAGCCUGGGAUUUACCCAUAUUUUCACGCUUUCCCUGUGGAGAAGAGAGAGGACAUUUGGGCGUUUUUAUUACGCAUCAUAAUAAUCCCCUCCGCAAAUCACAUCGAUGA